GUAAUGGACGCCCUCAAAGACUUCUCAAUGGAGAUUCUUGAAUGGGUGCUACACAACUUCUCCUUUGAUACUUCUUCCAAGAUAAGCAUCCUUGGCAUCACACCAUAUCUCAAUAUUCCUUUGUCUACCAAGACCUGGUCUGACAAAUGGGGCAUGGACUUGGAGGAUCUUGUGCCAUUAUUACAGAAAAAUGAGCUCAAUUUUGAUUUCAAGUAUCAGAAACUCGAACGACUUAUCCAUCUAUGUCGAAAAUAUGGGGUGGUUCCAGAGAUUAGAACUGAAAUGGGGUAUCCGCUGCAACUGCGGGUCAUCGAACAGAUCAGCACUUUACAUGCCACACUUGUGGUAUUUGAUAGGUACCAUGAUAAGAAGCACAUAGACUACUAUGCAAAGAAGAUCCGAUGCAACAUGCUGGUCGUGAACCACAACGGCAAAGCUCAACUAAUCAAGAAAGUUAAAUGCGAUGAUAGUCAAGUAGAGUCGUCGUCAUCAUCUUCCACCCCAAAAUGA